UACUGAAGACGCAAUUCGCUUCGAUCAAAACCCACCUCCUCCCUCCACGGUCUAAUUUCAAAUUCAAAAUGAUAAACGGCUAUUAAAAGCUUCGUAAAGAAACCUGCAUUCCUUCCAUGUCCGCCAUCUCUUCCCUACUCUCAUCAAACCACCCGACAUGCCUCUCGCUCCUCCAAGUAUGCUCUUCCAUGCAUCAUCUUCUUCAAAUCCAUGCCCAGAUGAUCCGAAACCACCUCUUCCAAGAUCCGUUCGCCACCAGCAAAAUCCUCGAAUUCUGCGCCGUCUCCGACUAUGGCAAUCUCCACUACGCGCGCAAGUUGUUCGACAUAAUCCCCCACCCAAACACCUUCACCUGGAACACCAUCAUCCGUGGCUAUGCCAAUUCCCCCUUCCCGAGACCGUCUAUCCAUCUCUUCUGUCAGAUGUUAGCCUCUGGUGCGGCUCCAAAUUCCUAUACUUACCCUUUCGUUGUCAAGGCCUGCGCCCAUCUCUCCGCCUUGGAAGAGGGUGAGCAGGUCCAUGGCUUCAUUUUGAAGUGCGGAGCUGAUAGUGACGUGUUUUCGGUCAAUGGGUUGAUUCAUAUGUAUGCAACCUGCGGGAAGAUUGAUCUUGCCCAUCAAUUGUUUGAUUUGAGUCCUGAUAGGGACCUAGUGUCUUGGAAUUCGAUGCUGUCUGGGUAUGUGAAUUGUGGGUUCCUUUGUAGUGCUCGUCAAUUGUUUGACGAAAUGCCUGAAAGAGGGAUUGUUUCUUGGAAUGCGAUGAUUAAUGGGUACACCAAGUGUGGUGAGAUUGAUGCUGCUAGGGAGCUUUUCGAUAGGAUGCCGAGUCGGAAUGUCGAGUCUUGGAAUACGUUGAUUGCUGGGUAUGCUAAGUGUGGCCUUUUGGACGUGUCUCGGAAACUUUUUGAUGAGAUGCCUGUAAGAAAUGUCAUCUCUUGGAGUGCCAUGAUAACUGCUUAUGCACAAGGAGACCGGCCAAGUGAGGCAUUAGUUCUAUUUGAAGAGAUGAAGAACGUUGGCACAAAGCCCAAUUGGGCUACCAUCGUGAGUGUACUAUCUGCUUGUGCCCAUUUGGGGGCCUUGGAGCGAGGAAAACGUGUUCAUAUGUACAUAGACAGAAGCAAGAUGAAGUUGGAUUCUAUAAUUGGGACUGCUCUUAUAGACAUGUAUGCCAAGUGUGGGUGCAUAGACAAUGCACUUAGGAUCUUCAAUGCAUUGGCGUCAAAGGAUGUUUUCUCAUGGACAGCCAUGAUCGGAGGGCUGGCUGUGAAUGGCCAUGGCGAGAAAGCCUUGGAGCUCUUUGGUCAAAUGGAAAGAGCUGGUGUGAGGCCCAACCAAGUCACGUUUGUUGGUGUUCUUUGUGCUUGUAGCCAUGGAGGAUUGGUACAACCUGCUAGGGAAUAUUUUGAUUCGAUGCAGAUGGUGUAUGGAAUUGAGCCUCAAAUCGAACACUAUGGUUGUAUGGUUGACACGCUCGGGCGUGCUGGGCUCUUGGAAGAUGCGUUGUCCUUUGUAGAAUCCAUGCAUGUGAAGCCCAAUGCCGUGCUUUGGGGAACUCUGCUCGGUGCUUGUUGGAUCCAUGGAAAUGCUAAGAUAGGGGAGUGUGUGGUGGAUCGCCUCGUUGAGCUCAAACCCAAUGAUGGGUGUGCAUAUGUUCUUUUAUCUAACAUCUACGCAACUGCAGGGAGGUGGGAUGACGCUCGGAAGGUGAGGAUACAGAUGAAAUCCAAGGGCCUAUUGAAGAGCCCAGGCCGUAGCUCAAUUGAGGUAGAUGGCAUUGUUCACGAAUUCUAUGUAGGAGAUAAAUCACACCCAAGGACUGAAGAAAUCUAUCUAAUGUUAGACAAGAUCACAUCGAGAUUGAAACUUGUAGGAUAUGUACCGAAUACUUCUCCAGUGUUGUUCGAUAUAGAGGAGGAAGAGAAAGAACGCGCGGUUUCAUAUCACAGUGAGAAAUUGGCUAUUGCAUUUGGGCUCAUCACCAUGGAAGCCUGCUCACCAAUAAGAAUAGUGAAGAACCUUCGUGUUUGCCAGGAUUGCCACACUGCAGCAAAAUUCAUCUCUGAAGUUUUCAAGCGAGAGAUUAUCGUGAGGGACCGGAACAUAUUUCACUACUUCAAAGAGGGUUCUUGUUCAUGUAAGGAUUACUGGUAAUAUUGAAUCUCAAAGGGAGGCAGUUCCCCAUCUGUUAUCAUUUCUUUGGGUCAUUAAGACGGGGUUUGGCGGGACCCACCCCAAUGACCAUUUCCCCACAAAAAUCUACAAAUGCAUUUACCUUGUCCCAACCACAUCCUCCUUGAUCAAUACCAUCUAGGAGAUACAUUGCAAUAGAACUACACUAACAAUGAGAGACCUUUUAGUAUGAAAAUUGUAUCAAUUUCAUUGAUUGUACAGUGAGCCUGAAGAGGUCAAAACUAUUGUAAUUUAUGGCAGUCUUGAUACUAUAGAACUGGGACCCAGUUUGAAAAGGAA